AUGGCCAUCCACUCAACCCUCCAUUACGACCAGGAUGUACCUGUCUGCCUCGAAAAUUCCUCAGCAAACAUCCUUUCGGACUCAAUGCAUUCAGGGGCGCACUUUACAGGAAACACUCAGAGUACUUCGAUGCUACACGCUCAUGGCAUUGCUCUCCCCAUUGGCCCUCUCUUUGGCAACGAUGACUACGACCAAACCCAUCUGAGUCUUUCCAAGAGCCAUAGUUACACGUCAACACCCACGGACGGCGGUGCCGUGGUGUGGUAUUGCUCGCACUGCGGUGAUGGACCUAUAGGUUCAUGGCAGAACUGUUGCGCUGUUUGCUCCCAUGUAAGAUGCGGUGGCUGCACAGUGGAAGUAACCAAAUAG